CCCCGCCCACUUUUUUCCAGUGAAACACAAAACCAAACUUAGAGAAUACUAAAAAACCAGGUCAAGAAAUAUUGAGGAAGAAGCGUAGUCUUUUCUCUUUUCCUUUUCUUUUUCUUUGUUCUUCUUAAAAUUCCUACAUUUUUUUCUGUUGUUUUUGAGCGAUGGCAGCAUCUGUCGAUCGCCAGUAUAACCCAUCAACCAUAAACGGCGUCGUUCGUACACCAUUCACAACUCACCACCGUUCCGACUCACCGAUUCGGGGGUAUAAUUUUAACUCGCCCUCGAAUGAGCGUAUUAAACCUCCUGAGACGAAGGUGUCUAGCAAUAUUUAUUACAGCGAUAGUGAUGAUGAGGAAGACGAAGAAGAGAUCAACGAAUGGAAUGAGUUGAUCAAGAAAGGUAACAGUGAAUUAGAGCCAUCCAGUGUGGAUGCUCGUGAUGAGGGAACAGCUGAUAAUUGGAUAGAAAGAAAUUCAUCAAUGAUCCGUCUUACAGGGAAACAUCCCUUUAAUUCGGAGCCACCAUUAACCCGUUUAAUGCAUCACGGGUUUAUUACUCCGGUUCCGCUACAUUAUGUGCGGAACCACGGUCCAGUCCCCAACGCUAAGUGGGAGGACUGGACCGUUGAGGUAACCGGGCUGGUCAAAAGACCAGCCCGGUUUACCAUUGACCAAUUGGUCAAUGAGUUCCAAAGCCGGGAGUUCCCUGUCACACUUGUGUGUGCAGGGAACCGAAGGAAGGAACAAAAUAUGGUUAAACAAUCUAUAGGGUUUAACUGGGGAUCAGCAGCAGUAUCAACUUCUGUAUGGCGUGGGGUCCCACUCCGCGACGUACUGAAGCGGUGUGGGAUCCUCACGUCAAAGAAAGGCGCCCUCAACGUAUGUUUUGAGGGCGCCGAAGACCUUCCUGGGGGCGGAGGGUCGAAAUAUGGUACUAGUGUAAGAAGAGAGCUCGCUCUCGAUCCGGCUCGUGAUAUUAUGUUAGCCUACAUGCAAAAUGGAGAAAAACUUAGCCCUGAUCACGGGUUUCCGGUUCGGAUGAUUAUUCCUGGAUUUAUUGGUGGCCGUAUGGUUAAGUGGUUGAAGCGAAUUAUUGUUACCACUUCUGAAUCAGAUAAUUACUACCAUUUUAAGGAUAAUAGAGUCCUUCCUUCUCAUGUUGAUGCUGAACUUGCAAAUACUGAAGCUUGGUGGUACAAGCCGGAGUUCAUCAUAAAUGAGCUAAACAUAAAUUCAGUGAUAACAACGCCUUGCCACGAGGAGAUUUUGCCUAUCAACGCGUGGACUACUCAACGCCCUUACACAAUUAGGGGUUAUGCUUAUUCUGGAGGAGGAAGAAAAGUAACACGAGUAGAGUUAACACUGGAUGGAGGUGAAACAUGGCAUGUAUGUGAAUUGGACAUCCAAGAAAAGCCUAGUAAAUAUGGAAAAUACUGGUGUUGGUGUUUUUGGUCUUUAGAGGUGGAGGUACUUGACUUACUUGGAGCUAAAGAGAUUGCUGUUCGUGCUUGGGAUGAAGGUCUCAACACCCAACCUGAAAAGCUCAUCUGGAAUGUCAUGGGUAUGAUGAACAACUGCUGGUUCCGAGUUAAGACCAAUGUGUGCAAGCCCCACAAAGGAGAGAUUGGUAUUGUAUUCGAGCACCCGACUCAACCCGGCAACAAGUCGGGUGGGUGGAUGGCACGUGAACGACAUCUCGAAAUCUCCGAUGCACCCACCUUGAAGAGGACUGCAUCCACACCAUUCAUGAACACAACAUCAAAAAUGUACUCAAUGUCUGAGGUGAAGAAACACAACUCAGCAGAGUCAGCCUGGAUUGUUGUUCAUGGACAUGUGUAUGAUGCCACCAGGUUCCUAAAGGAUCACCCGGGUGGUUCGGACAGUAUCUUGAUCAAUGCCGGAACCGAUUGCACGGAGGAGUUCGACGCCAUACACUCAGACAAAGCUAAGAGGCUACUAGAGGACUUUAGAGUUGGUGAAAUAAUCUCAACAGGUUACACCUCUGACUCAUCUUCACCUGGUAACUCAGUACAUGGUGGUUCCAACUAUUCAUUCUUGGCACCAAUCAAAGAAGCAGCACCACUUCGUAAUGUGGCACUUAAUCCAAGGGAAAGAAUUUCAUGCAAACUUAUUGAGAAAGUUUCACUUUCACAUGAUGUGAGAAGGUUUAGAUUUGGCUUACCAUCUAAAGAUCAUGUGUUGGGAUUACCUGUAGGUAAGCACAUCUUCUUGUGUGCAAAUGUUGAUGAUAAGCUUUGUAUGAGAGCUUACACACCAUCUAGUACAGUUGAUGAAGUGGGAUACUUUGAUCUUGUGGUGAAGAUUUACUUCAAGGGACAACAUCCAAAGUUCCCAAAUGGUGGGAUAAUGUCACAACAUUUAGACUCACUUGAAUUGGGAUCAAUUGUGGAAGUGAAAGGACCAUUGGGACACAUUGAGUACCUUGGAAAAGGGAACUUCACAGUACAUGGAAAGGCAAAAUAUGCAAAGAAGUUGGCAAUGAUAGCAGGAGGGACAGGAAUAACACCAAUAUAUCAAGUGAUGCAGGCUAUACUAAAAGAUCCAGAGGAUGAGACUGAAAUGAAUGUGGUGUAUGCUAAUCGAACGGAGGACGAUAUAUUGCUAAGAGAAGAGCUUGAUAAUUGGGCUGAUGAGUUCAGAGAACGAGUGAAGGUGUGGUAUGUGGUGGAGAAGGGGCCUGAAGGGUGGCGAUACGACACCGGAUUUAUAAGUGAGAAGAUACUAAGAGAGCACAUACCAGAAGUUGGGGAUGAUGUGCUAGCACUCACCUGUGGACCUCCUCCUAUGAUUCAAUUUGCAGUGCAGCCUAAUUUGGAUAAGAUGGGAUAUGAUAUCAAGGAUCAAUUGUUGAUUUUUUAGAUUAAUCAAACCAACAUAUAUAGCGUUUGCAAUGCAAGUACAUUCAAGUGCCUAUACUAUACAUGAUCUAGGCAGUGCAUAAAUUACAUGUACUGAUACUCUGUGUAAUCGCCUUGGGAGUCAAUAUGGCAUGCGUACGUUCAGCAAGUAGGUGAAAUGCACUUGUGUCUACCUUCGAACGAGUGUAUAGUAGAAUUUCCUAUAUAUAUUACAUGGAGUAUAUCAACAUUAUAUUCUAUUUAUGUAAUAUAAAGUUAAGUGGAGGUUUUUCUUCUUUUAGUUUUGAUAAUAUGUUGUAAAUAUAAGUGCUCCACUAAAUUGCUUGUUCAUAAGUUAUUUCUUUUCAAUAUUGGUUUAAUUUGUGGAGGAGGAUGUAGAAGCUAAGAUAAGGCAAUAUUCCAAGUAGCUAGGUUCUUUUGUGUCCUUUUUUAGCUAGGUUUCUUUGUGUAAGUGGGAGAUUACUAAUCUGUAAUCUCCAAAUUUUUCUUUGUCUUUGCCUUCAAUAAAUUGGCAUUUCAUUCUUGUAUAA